CCAAUGUUUUUUCAAGGAUAAAAAUAGCCUUUCAAUUUAUCGAAUGCAUGUUUUUUUAUAUAUUUGAAAUACAUUUUGGUGCAUAUUUACAAAGGCAUGUGAGACCAGCAGCUUUGUAUCUUUAAGCGAGCUAGCCAAAAAUGAACGGUCGAGCGGACGUCGAAGUUGACUACAAGCGGAAAUACAAAAAUCUCAAACGAAAAUUAAAAUUUCUUGUUUAUGAACAGGAAUGCUUUCAGGAGGAGCUGAGGAGAGCACAGAGAAAACUUCUCAAAGUUUCCAGGGACAAAAGCUUCCUUCUGGACAGACUGCUGCAGUAUGAGAGGGUAGAUGAAGACUCCUCAGAUUCAGAUGCAACAGUUUCUUCAGAAAAUAGUGAAGGAGAAGGCCCCAGGGAGAGGGAAAGAGAACGAGAUGGAGCAAAGAAGCGAAGAAGUAGUCCUGGGGCGUGUCUUCCUUCAUCAUCCUCCCCUCAUCUCUCCCUGCUGUCCCGUCCUGGUGUAAAUGCCCUACAGCCAUCAGGCUCUGGACCCUACCUCAACACCAUGCCCUUCCCACCAGAGUAUUUGGCUCCCCCAGCUGAACGAAUGAAGAAAGAGAGAAAAACAAAGACGCCUAAAAACAAGAGAGAGACUACGGGGAAGGUUGUUGCCCCAAUGGCAGCUAAUUACCCAUCAGCCCCUGCGGCCCCUCAAGCAGCCAGUGGCCCCUUCAGCUGGGUUCCCAGACAGAUGCUUAGCGGAGAUGCAGCUGAGGAGGAGGGAGAGAGUGAUGGUGACAGUGACAGAGGAGAUGAAGACAGAGGGGAGGGAGAUGAGGCUGAACUGGUCAUUGACAUCCCUAAUGAGUGAGCCUGAAUGUGUGUUUUAGAUGUAUUUAUAAGCAAGGGAUGGAGGGUUUCUCUCUCUCUCUCUCUCUCUCUCUCUCUCUCUCUCUCUCUCUCUCUCUCUCUCUCUCUCUCUCUCUCUCUCUCUCUCUGUGUGUGUGAGAGAGAACUGUGUGUUCAUUAUCUGUGUGUUCCUUAUAUGUAGCCCAUUACACAUUGUCAAUUAAAUGGAGUGCCAAGCUCCCCCCUGUGGACUUUUGCUUAAUUGCAGUAUCACUGUCAAAACUAUCUCCCAGAUAAAUGUGGCUUUCCAAUAUUAUGCUAAAAAUAAAUCUGUUAUAAAAUUACAGUUUGUAAACUUUUAACAAAAAUCCACUACUACUGGGAUUAUUACUUUUUAAAGCCGUUUCGACCUGCCUGCUAAUUAUUUUUAGUCUAGCAAUGGACAAACUGUGACUACAACUCGGUAUGUCCUGCACAAAGAGAGCUUUUGUCUGUUAUUUGUUUUACAUUGUCCAAACACCAUCGCAGACUUGGUAUUAUAUAAAUACUGCAGUCUAUUAAAGCGGUUUAAGUACGAUAUAGAUGUUUCAAAUGUUAUGUCUUUGUUGCUUUUUACAUGAAGUUUUUUAAUUUGUACUUCUAUGUUAAUGUUUUUUCAAACAAAUUGUCAAAAAUCAAAGCUACUUCAUGUUAAAUGAGAUUUAUUAUUACUGCACCUAUCAAAUUGUGUGUGUCAGAGAAUAAAAUAUAAAAUGUUAUCAUUUCA